GAAGUAGAGCGGGUUCAUUCAAAAGUUUUCGGAUUUUAACAAAUUAUCCAAUCAACCGAUAUCAUAAAUGUCAGAGUAUGAUGAAGUGUUGUGUAGUUCACUGAAGCUGAAAUCUGGACAGGGAAUAAAAAAAAAGAAGAAAAAGCACAGCAAGAAGGUAGCUUCAACUAACCUCGAUGUUCCAGUCGAAACAUCAGAAGUCAACGCAACUGAGGAGACUGGAAAAGAUGCAAAGAAACUCAAAUCUAUAAAUACCAGCUUAACAAAAUCACAGAUUGAAUUGGAAAAGCGCAGAGACAAACGUAUUCUCGAGUCUGUGCUAUCAAAAGCAGAUAAAUCACAUAAACAAAGGAUUAUUGAAUUUAACAAUUACUUGAGUACGCUUACUGAGCAUUUUGAUAUACAGAAAGUUUCUUGGACUAAAUGAUUUCAAAGACUUUACUAUUUAUACUUUUGUCUAACCUCCAUAUUUUGUGAGUUUCAAAUAACUUCACACAGUUAUCCGUUAUAUUUUGUCUGGGGUUGUAAA